GAGCCCGCAGCACUGCCCGCCCUGAGAAGUGCUGGAAGCUGGGUUUAUCCCCAGGCCGGAGGACCUGUUUUUCCUGUUUCCUGAAGAAUUCCCUGCAUCCUGGUCCAGGCCUAUGCAUUCAUGAAUGAGAAACAGGCUCUGAACAUCCUGACUGUGAGAGCAGGGGCUGGUCAGAAACAGACUGGUGGACUGCAUCUGGCCCUCAGGAUGUAGUGUGCCUACCCCUGUUGUGAAGUUUUAAAGGUGUGUGGCCACGAUACUCCUAGACCUCAUGCAUCCUCGAAGUUCCGGGGUUCCGAGGUUCUGGGCCCUCUGGGUCCAGGGAGGAAGCCAGGUCAGGUGGCCACAAAGGCCUUGACUGUGGUGGGGCAGACCUUAACCAAGGGAAUCUAUGGGUGCUUGGGGUCCCUCAUGGCCCCGGUCAGGUGGGUGUGUCAGGCCUCCCCACUGAGCCCUGGUUGUGACCCUCGUGGCUGUUCUCCCCACCACCCCUUCCCUUCAGGGCAAUGGCCACAGGCCCGGGCCGCUGGAACAGCACCGUCAAUGACACCUGGGGUGGGGACGAGCUGGGCUACAAGUGCCGCUUCAAUGAGGACUUCAAGUACGUGCUGCUGCCUGUGUCCUACGGUGUGGUGUGUGUGCUCGGGCUGUGUCUCAACGCCGUGGCACUCUACAUCUUCCUGUGCCGCCUCAAGACCUGGAACGCGUCCACCACGUACAUGUUCCACCUGGCCGUGUCCGAUGCGCUGUACGCAGCCUCCCUGCCGCUGCUGGUCUAUUACUACGCCCGCGGGGACCACUGGCCCUUCAGCAUAGUGCUCUGCAAGCUGGUGCGCUUCCUCUUCUACACCAACCUUUACUGCAGCAUCCUCUUCCUCACGUGCAUCAGCGUGCACCGAUGCCUGGGGGUCCUGCGCCCGCUGCGCUCGCUGCGCUGGGGCCGGGCCCGCUAUGCCCGCCGGGUGGCAGCUGCUGUGUGGGUGCUGGUGCUGGCUUGCCAGUCACCCGUGCUCUACUUCGUCACCACCAGCGCGCGUGGCGGCCGCAUUACCUGCCACGACACCUCAGCACCCGAGCUCUUCAGCCAGUUCGUGGCCUACAGCUCUGUCAUGCUGGGCCUGCUCUUCGCAGUGCCCUUUGCCAUCAUCUUGGUCUGUUACGUGCUUAUGGCUCGGCGGCUGUUGAAGCCAGCCUAUGGGACCUCGGGAGGCCUGCCGCGGGCCAAGCGCAAGUCGGUGCGCACCAUUGCCGUGGUGCUGGCUGUCUUCGCCCUCUGCUUCCUGCCUUUCCAUGUCACCCGCACCCUCUACUACUCCUUCCGCUCCCUGGACCUCAGCUGCCACACCCUCAAUGCCAUCAACAUGGCUUACAAGAUCACCCGGCCGCUGGCCAGUGCCAACAGUUGCCUUGACCCCGUGCUCUACUUCCUGGCUGGGCAGAGGCUUGUGCGCUUUGCCCGAGAUGCCAAGCCACCCACAGACCCCACUCCUACUACCCCAGCUCGCCGCAGACGGGGCCUGUACAGGUUGGACAGGACUGACGUCAAGAGGACAAAAGAUGUGUCGAGCAGCAGUGAGGACUCUAGGCGGACAGAGUCCAUGGCAGCUGGUGGUGAGAACACUAAGGACAUCCGGCUGUAGGACCUGAACCCCUGGCGCCUGUGCAAGUUAAUAUUGGGGGUGGGGGGAGUGGGGAGGCUGUGGGGACUAGGAUUUCUUCCAUUGGGAUAGUGUCCCUAGAUAUGCCCCAUUAGUGACUCAUGCCUGAUGGUCGAGGGAGCCGUGACCUCAACGCUCUGUCAUUUGGCAGAAUGUUCUCUGUAGUCCAGAGAUCUUAACAGUUCCUACAACCCCAGUCACCAUUUGUAUGUGUGAGUUGGGGAAUAAGGCUUCGUGAAAGGCAAGGGUAAGGGGCCGAUGCUGCCCCUGGCCUGACUCCCACAUAAUUAGCUGUCUGUGCCCAGCAAGGUGUCUAGGCUGGAGCCCAGCCUGAUCGAGUCAAAUGGAGAAACAGACGCAGAGAAGAAAGUGACUUACCAAGGUCACAUAGUCUGGGCCUGAGCUACCUGGGAGGGGUGGAGUUUCAGGGUGAUCAGAGGACCCUGGUAAGGAGCCAGAGCUGAGCCGGAGCUUCCCACGGAGCGGUCAAGGGCAGGUCUAGAUGCCACAGUGGACACACCUCUGAGGAGCAUCCCCAUCCCUAGAGGUGACUGUAACAUCUGGGAGCUGAUGUCAUAAACUCAUCUGGAGGCUUCCUGGGCCUGGGAGCCAGUUUGAGGCUGCAACUUCUACCGAAGGUGUUGUUGCCUGCCGUGUUGUGCCCUAUUGUGUGGUUUGAGGAUGAGGAUACAGCCUAAGAAGCUCUUACCAUCCACACUGGAGUUCUUUCUCCAACCUCUACUCUUCUGCCACCUGCCUUCCCACUAGCUGCCUCAGUGGUAGUCUCACAUCAGGGAUCCUCUUUCCAGACCCCAGGUCAUCCCUCACUUUAGAGCCAAGUGGCUUUGGUGCCUGGCUCUGUUGAGUGCAGAUAGGAGUCAGAUGGGGUCCUGUCCUUGGGAUCCCCCAGUUUAGGGAUUAAUGGCUAUGAACAGUCAUGUGCUGGUAAAUGUGAAACCAUCUAACUGGCUUUCCAGGGGGUGAGGGGAACCCCUUAUCUGUAGCAUUGCUAAUUGCCAUGGUGCAGAUACUCUUGCCUUGGCCAAUUUCAGACCAGUGAUGUGAUGUCAGCCUCCUUGCAAAAUUCCUGAAAAUUUAACAAUUGGCUCUUGCAAUCAGGUCCAACAUGCUCCAUCGCACCACUGGAUAAUACUGAGUGAUUGGAGGUGUGGACCAGCAUGUGAGAGAGGCUUCCUGGGACACACUCCUGAACUGUAGCUUCUGAGAAAAGCAGUUUAUCGGAGAAGAACAGCCAGGUGCAGGGUACAUCCUGGGCAAAGACAUGGGGGCAGGAAAGCAGGGUAUGCAGGAAGUGGAAGCAGGCUGGGCAGCUGGUGCUCAGUCUCAAGGCAGGAAUGAGGCUGGGAGUGGGUCACCAGGCUAACAAGUCAAGGCUCCUUCCUUGCCUUUACCCGAGGUCUCCUUUGCACUGGGGCUGAGUAUGGGAGAGAUUCCCUUCUCUUCCUGUCCCAUCCUCUGCCUCCUGGGAAAAUCCCGCUAUAUGGCAUAAUGGUGCUCAGACUGGCUCAGGGUGAGGUAGAUCUUUCUCACCUGUGACAGAUUCUAGGUCCAGCCAGGACCACUGUGGAGGUUUGUGGAGCUGAGCUGGACAGGGACCAGCUCAGCCUUGGGGCAAAGCUAACAGGUCUCAUUUUUUUUUAAUGUUUUAUUUAUUUUUGAGAGAGCACAAGCAGGGGAAGGGCAGAGAGAGAGGGACAGAGGAUCCAAAGUAGGCUCCGUGCUGACAGCAACGAGCCCAAUGUGGAGCUCAAACUCACGAACCACCAGAUCAUGGCCUGAGCCCAAGUCAGACACUCAACCAACUGAGCCACCCAGGAGCCCCUGACAGGUCUCAUUCUUAAUCUCAAACAUAAAGACCUACUCCCUCUCCCUCGGGGAGACCCCCUUUCCCUAUAGGCCCACUCUGCCUGAGAGAAGAUUCUUCCCUUCACUCCACGUCUUCCUGUCUCCUGUGACCUCUUCACCCGUUCCACUCUGUCAGAACGAGGCACUCCCAGGGGUUGCUCUAUUUAGAAUCUAGUUCCACACAGCUUCUUCAUGCAACAGGGACCCAUCACAAGUCAUGACCCAACCAAUUACUCUGCAUGGUGCAACGUGGGUGUCCUGUUCAAAGUAAUGUGAAAUGCUCACCUCCCACAUUCUAGGUUCUAUAUUUCUGUUCAUAUAACCAGAGUCCCUAUGAGCUUUUUUGUGACUACUUCUUAUAGACUGACCUUGAGCCAACCUUUCCUGCAGUCCCAAGCCUAUCUCCUUCCUACCAGCUGCUGCUGAAGCUGAACCCCAUUCUAGUUUAUAGGAAGCCCCUACCCAGGUAAGAUUACACCCAGAGGUGUAAAUGCUGGGCUCUGAUUCCCUCAGCCCUGCUUAGACCAGAGGCAGGAGGUUAUACAUCACGAUUUGGGGUCUCCUGAGUGUGCAUCUGUGGUUGGGGGUAGGGCAGUGGCCACCACAGCCCAAGUUCCCUUAGUCCCCAUUCCUUUUGUGUCCUGCCUACCUACCCUACCAGCAGCUUCCCUGGAGACCCUGAGAACCCAGGACCCUGCAGCACAUGGAAGCAACACUACGGCAUAGCACCAGGAAGCUUUCCUUGAAUCAGCUGCCUGUACAUUUCCAAGGACAUAGGACCUAGGGGAAAGGAGGGCCAUGUUCACCUUCUAAUCCAGUGGCAGACACUGGUGGGGUGGGGAACGGAGACCCUAAGGGAACCGGGGACAGGCCAGGGUCUUGCCCCUGGACCCCAGUCAGAUUGCCUGACCCCUCAACGUGGACGUCUGGCCCUGCUGCUAGGCCUUCACCUAGUGGGUGAGGUUCCUGACCCUCCCGCCUUGUGCUAUUUUCAGCCCACGUAAGAACAGGAUUUUCCACUCCCAGCCCCAGACCAUUGUCCAGUAGUGACGUGGGGGGACCUGCCCACUCUCAAAAUAUCUCCUCUUACUCUCUGGGCCUCCCUGCCACCUCCCAACCACCCCACCUCCUCACCCUGACAUCACUUCCUGGGGCUGUUGACUCUUGAAGGCCACUGUGAAAGGGCACAGCCACCUGACAGGGACCCCAGGGAUUAUCCAGCCCAGCUGUAGAGUUGAGAGGGGCGGGGCCUUGCCCAAGGUCACUCAGCAGGUCAGUGUGGCGCCUGGAUGUGUGCCAGGGGCUCAGGCUGUCCCUGCUGGUCUGUUCCCUUUAGUACAGGUCGGUGCCUUUGUGGGAUUCCUGCCAUCACCCACAGUCCCCCAGCCCUUCCCACCCUGGUGGACGGAACUGGUGGAUGGAGCUGUGGCACUGAGGCCAGGGACAUAGGACAGGAGUGGGGGGCAAUAGCAAUAGGUGGGGGGAAGAGCAAAGGCCUGCUGUCCUGCCUGCAGCAACUACUCUCAACGAGCUCAGUGCAUCUAGGGCAGGGGCCCUGGCACACAGCGGGUCUCUGCCCUGGGUGGCUGGUGGCUCAGGGCCCAGGAGAAGUUAGGCCACCAGAGCUACCCCUCUGCCACCACUCUUGUCACGGCAGGUUUGGGCUGCUCUGUUCCAGCACAUGAGGAUGGGAACUCCUGUACUAACCCAUGUCCCAGGCACUGUGCCAGACCCUCUCAUAUCUAUUAUUUAUUCCUUGCCACAACUGUGUGAAAUAGACAUUAUUUAUCCCCAUUUAGCAGAUAAGGGGACAGGCUCCGAGAAGGGAGGCCUUGCUGUGGGUUAUAUAGGCAGCAAGUGAAUGAGUCAAGAUCGAGUCCAGGUCCCUCAGAUGCCUGGAUUCGUUCCUUUUCCAGUAUCCCAUACCAUUUGUAACCCCUGUAGAGUGGGAGGGUCUGUAAGUAACCCUUCAUGUGAUUCAAGGGAGAGAGACAAUAUAGCAAGGAAGGGGUUAAGAGCACAGAUUCAAUGCCCAUGCCACCUCUGUUUGAGUGUUGUCUCCUCUUCCUCCAACUGUUUCACUUUGCUCAAAGUACUUAAUCUUGCAGGGCCUCAGUUUUCUCAUUUCCGAAAAGAGAUACUACCUGCCACGUGGGGCACUGGGUCAAUACACAUGAACACUUAGAACAGUACCUGGCACACGGUGAGCAUUUACACGCCAGGCACUGUGCCAAGGUGAUACAGAGGCAAACCGGCCGGACCCUGCCCUCAUGGAGUUGACCUAAUUUAAUAUAUAACCAUACCAGGAUAAAUUAUUUGAAGGAAAGGAAUGUCCAGCCAGUGAGCAACAGUGGGCCUCCUAUGGCCCAGGCUUCACCAGGAUGUGGGAAGAGGAAAGCAGGUCUAUCCCGGGAUAAGGUGUGGGACCCCCCUCUGCCCUGCUUGGAGCUCGUUGGCCUUCAGGCCCACGGGCCUGUGUGUGUUUACAGAACCUUAUCCCUCUGCCAGGCUGGGAGAGGGCAGCAGGGAAAAGGGGGAGGGGGAGGGACGGGGCAGGAUGCCCUUGCUGUAAAGCUUCUAGAGCCAGCCUCUAUGGACUAGAGAGCUCCAGCUCACCCAUGGCACCAGGCUUAGCCGUUUCUGCCUAACUGGUGGUGACUGUCAUGGGGUGCUGCAGCUUCUUGGUUCAACCAAGAGCCUGGAGACCCAAGGUGGCAGGACUGACUGGGAGCUAGGCCAGAACAGGCAAUGAAUAGGCAACUUUUGCUGUGUGACCGGAGGCACCUGCCUGCCCUCUCUGGGUCACUCUCUGAAGCCCUUACCUCCCAUGUUCCAGUUCUCUCUGUCUCAGGGCAUCAGCUACCUAGAUCCUCAGCAAAGGCACAAUGAACAGCUGCUCCCCCAGGCAUUCCCCCAAGGCCCCUGGGCUCUCUGUUCUGAGGACUAGAGUUGGGGCAGCAAGUCUCCCCUGGCAUCAAAUGACUAGAGAGGUACAGCGCCUCCCUUGGCACCCUGCAGUGGCUUGGAGUGGAGCUGGUCCAAUGUCUGAUGUUCCUGCCUCCUGUGAGGUGGACGGUGGAGUCUGACCAGGAGUAACUAAGCAGUAGGGUGACAGAUGUGUUUGCCUUUCCAAGGGGUGUGUGCUGGUGGGAUGUGGAGAGGGGGGGAAACGAGCCCCAGAAGCCAACUUCUCAUCCUCCUCUGCCCUAUGUGCCAUGUGACUUGGUACACAUCCCUUCUCCUCUCUGGGCCUCAGUUUCCCCAUCUGCCGUGGGGCUUGGCUCCACCCAGCCACUCUUCCUCCAGUACAGGCUUCCUGAGCUUGCCUCUGUCUUGGCUCCAGCUCAGCCAGGUGUCCAGACUCAGUCCUGUCCCAGCCAGGAACAAUGGGCCAGGCUGGGCCAGUCACUCAUGGGCCCCAAACUCAGUCCCCAAGGGCUUACCCUGGACUAUUUUCAGAUCUUGGAGAUGGAAUCAGAAAAGGAUUUUCCACUCUCAGCACAAUGGCUGCCCCGGACCAUUGUCUAGCAGUGACCAGGGGAUCCGUCUGCCCAAAAAUACCUUCCCUGCUCCUACCUUCUGGGCCUCUGCCUCCUGUUCCUCACCUCCCUGCAUUGACAUGGCUUCCUGGGGCUGUUAACUCCUGAA